CCCUCCUUUCCCCAGUGGACAAAUGUGGACGUAAAAAUAUUUUAGCAAAUCCUACGUCUGGUUGGCUGUUUACUCCCUUAUAUACUUACACACGCAGAGAAUUGUCUCCACUUCCGAAAUGCAAAAGUCUGCUGGGGGCUAAGCAAGCUUUCUUUGGCUCGGUUGUCAGCGUGAAAUGUGUGCCAGGGGUUUAGGGACACCUCGGAGAGACUGAAGACUUCACUAAAUUUGCACUGGAAACUGAAAGGCAUGCUGAGCUGCAGAGUGUUGUGAACUUCAGAACUCCCGUUCCUGAAUCAUUCUGCAUAAUCAAAAGUGACGCCAUGGAAACAGAAUCCACCUAUAACCUGACUGGACCCAGUGUGUCUUUGUUUCACCAUAAUAUGACAAUUCAUAAUAUGAACUCAUGUGACUACAUAUCCACCUCCACCUCGCAGUACCAGAAGAAAGUGAUCCCCACUUUCUACAGCCUCAUUUUCCUACUAGGUUUUCUUGGGAACAUGCUGGUGGUGUGCGUCUUGUAUCACAGUUCAGGACGAAGGACCGUAGCCAACACGUAUCUGAUGAAUCUAGCCAUGUCAGACUUACUGUUCCUGAGCUCUUUGCCAUUCUGGGCUGUGUACUAUUCACUGGAUUACAACUGGGUUUUUGGGAAGGUUAUGUGUAAACUGUGUGGAGGUCUGGUAACGAUAAACGUCUACGCUAGUAUAUUUUUCAUCACCUGUAUGAGUGUUGAUCGAUAUCACGCCAUCGUCUACCCACUGCACUCUCAGAGCAGUAGGAGCAUAAAUCAGGCCAGAUGUGUUAGCGGCAUCAUUUGGGUUGUGGCGGCUUUGACAACUUUGCCAACAGUUGUGUUCCGUGACAUACACAUUAUUUCCAGUAACAAUGUUACGGCUUGUGUAAUUUAUUUCCCCAGUUCCUACUGGCAAACCGGGUUAACUCUUGCGAAGAACACCCUCGGAUUCUUCCUGCCAUUUGUCAUCAUUGCGACCUGCUACAGCCGAAUCGCGGUGCACCUUCUGGCCACCCCAAACUACCUGGAGCAAGACUAUACCCGACUGGUCCAUGUGUUGCGUUUGGUGGUCGCCGUGGUGUUGGCGUUUUUCUUUUGCUGGUUCCCAUUCCACGUGCUGGCGUUCCUCGGAGCUCUGGGAGAACUGGGUGUGGAGUGGGAUUGCUGGGUGCUUCAGGCGAUCCAUAAACUCCUGCCGUUAUUUCUCUGCCUCGGCUUUUCCAACUGUGCCAUAAACCCUUUCCUGUACUGUUUUGUGGGAAAUCACUUCAGAGAGAAGCUGUGGCAGUUUUACGGGGAUAUGUUGACGCAGAAAAGAGAUUCUAUCAGCACAAGACUGUCUUCCUUCUCCAGGAAACUGAGUGACCUUAAAGAAACUGUGCCUAUGGAGAUUCUUGAGCAGCAGAGCAGCCCGUAGUGGAAUCUAGUGAAGCUAUAACCAUUAAAUACUGUUAUUACAACUGCAGAGGACACAGUGUCAGUGUCAGUCAAGUGCUUUUCCAUGGACUGCCGCUUGUUUAGGAUGAUCAGUUCAGAUGUUGUUGUUGGUUGCUAUAAUUGUGGUUGUUUCACUGUGUCUUUUACUGUGCCUUAUUUCAAAUUACACAGUGGUUGUGAUUAGCACCAACAUCUAUAAACAAACAUUUGGUUACAUAACUAUGUGUAGAAAUAUAGCCCACAUAUUCUUUGAUCAGAAUUUAUCCAGGAUGAGGAAUUUGCAGUUUUUUUCUGCAUAAAUCAUAGAUAAAAAUAAAUAAAUAAAUAAAAGAAAAGAAAGAAAGGUUGAGUACAGCUGUUAAACAUGUCUUUCAUAUAGUUGAUACCUGCUAGACAGACUAAAACUCUUUAAGCUGUAAUAUAAAAAGUCACAGUAAUAUAAAAUGUUGUUAAAAUUAUAAAUCAUUGUAAAUGGAAUUAUAAUACUGUAAUAAUGGAACAGCAUCAAUAAAUGGUGUUUGCAAGUGAACAAUUUUACUGUUUUGUAUGUGAUUGUCCAUCCGUCUGUCUGUCAUCCAUCCA